CCAUAGACUCUAACAGUUUCUAUUUUUCCUCUCUGAAAUUGGCCGUCGAGCCUUGAUUCGGAUCCGGCUGAGCUCAUUUGGCUAAUUGCUUAUGGAAUGAGUUGGAAAAGGAAGGCGUCACAAGAUCCGCCUGGCAAAGCGAAGCGUCCUGCCAACCAACUGCCAGCUGAUGCUCCCAAGUCUGCCCGCAGCGCCUUUCUGGCAAAUCAAAAUAAUGCUGGCAAGGAAUCUCCUUUGCACAACGAUGCAUCAUCUUCUAUAGACCUCGUGUCCGGAACCUCGACACCUAGUAAGAGCAAUGAAAGCACGACGAAAACACGCAAGCCUAUGUUACGUCCAGCUGAUGCGUACACGUCGAACGAUUGCUCCGAGGAUUCAAGCUCCAGCGACGAGGAGGUAGCGUCAGAUAAGGCCUUGGACAACACAGGCUGCGUGGCCGAUGUUGAAGGUUCAAAAAUCCCGGAAUCCCAAUUUCCGCAGACAUGGAAGCGGACGCGGGAGCUGAUCGCGGGCGAGAUCUUGUCACAGCGACUUUCUGGAGUGCGAAUCCUUGUAACUGGUACAGUUGGGUCCGGUAAAAUGACGUUUGCAAAGUACUUGAUCAACUCUUUGCUCGCGCCUCCUGAGAGUCUCGCACUUCAACCGUUCAAAUCCGUAGCUGUACUUGAUCUCGAUCCUACCCGAGCUACUUACGGACCGCCUGGUCAUGUAGCUCUUUUUAUGGUCAAUGAGCCAUUAAAUGAGCCCAGCGGUUUUAUAGAAGUGAUGAAAACCGUGCAAAGAUGCAUACCUGUUGGUUUGUACGGUCAGAGGGAAGAUCCAGGUCACUUCCAUGUUGCCGUGAACGAGCUUCUCCGCAGCUUCCAGCAACUGCAUACUUCUAUGCCGUUGUUGAUAUUCUGCCCUUCUUUUGAACGUGAAUCAGAUCGUGGAAUGGAUAGAAGAACUCUGCAGGCUUUGAUUCGUACAGCCCAGGCGAACCAUAUUUGCUGCAUUUCGAGCAAAGCCUCUCACGUCGCUGAAGCAGUCGAGGCGAUAAACCAGUCAAAAGGACCGGAUUCAACAACGUGGGAGAUGGAGACUCUUGACGCAAGAGCACAGAUGACCAUUGCGCAGAGGCGAAGUAAAGCUUUGCGAGACUACUUCCACGGCUCACUUGAAUCAUCGAGACCCGACAUCGCUGGCUGUCGCUCGUUGGGACAUUACAAGCCGUAUGCUAUUUCGUAUAUACAGACGGAUGGCGGACAAACAAAAGACAUCUUGGGUUGCUUUGUUUUUGGUGACCUCCCCCCAAAUCAUUCCUUAAUGAUGUCUCGAAUCCUGAAUGGCUCGGUCGUAUCGAUCGCUAUUUUGCACAAUGACACCGAGCCUGAUCAGCUUGAGAUCGGCCAAACCGACCACAUUCCGUACUUUGUUGCGACUGAUGGAAGCAAUCCUAAUCCAUCGAUGUUGCGCCGAGCUAACACCAUCGGCUUUGGUUUAAUCCAUAGUAUUCAACGCGAUUUCGGUGUGAUGUACAUCAUCGCACCAGAUCAUGUGGCAAGACGGGUUGCAGAGGCUCCGCCGGAGCGCGUGAUUUUGGUACACGGUGUGGCGGACAGCCCUGACUGGGCUUAUGCAGAUGAUCUCGAAUUCGGCUCUGAGCCUUGCUAUAUUGGAAAGGCACGAAAGGGGAUGCGAACACUGAAAAGCAGACGUUUUAAGAAGAGGGCGGGUGCUUGAAAGGAGAGUCUAUGUUCGAGACUAAGGCGUGACGAGUUUUCGGCCCUUAGGUUUCAAUAUCUUGUCCAUGCCGUUUGCGAUGGUUUCCACUGAAUUUCAACUCACACGUCUCGAGAACUUCCUGGGGACGCAUCGUCCCAUGCAGAGCGGGACAUUAUAGAAAGGUUCGAGAAGGCCUCUAUUUGCGCUGUACGCGAGCAAAUCAUUACGUCUUUUGUGAACGGUUCUUCCGGAGGGCGAUCAACAUCUCG